UUAGACUAGUUGCAUUGAAUAUUCGCCAAGAUGCGUGGUCUCAUUUUCGUGCUCGCCUGCCUCUGCCUCGUCGCUUGCGCAUGGGGUAACAACCUGUUCCUCGGUCGCCGUGUACUCGGUGACAUUCUUAUCGAGGACAAACCCAUCUUCAAGCCAAGAGUUAUCGGCGUUGGGCAAACCGUCACAGUGAGCGUAGACGCUCCACCCGGUUACGUGAUCUCGUUCGUCAGCGUAACAGCGCUGAACCCGAAGGUGGUGGUCGUCAAGCCUCUGAAAGGAUUCGUUGGAACACCGUCGAUCGCUGUAGGUGCAUGGGGAAGACCAAGCUGGGCUAUCGCGUUGAGGGUUGUCGUCUUUGCUGCACCCCAACGACACCCAUCGACUACAACGUCAAAUCCUACAGUCACUGAAGGACCGUCUUCGACAACUACAAGCACGCCAAAACCCACCGUACCACCUACCGGCACGACAAGCUGGACAACUGAGUCUAUAACCAACACACCCGACUGGACAACCCUGCCUACAACCAACACACCCGACUGGACAACUCUGCCUACAACCGACACACCCGACUGGACAACUCUGCCUACAACCGACACACCCGACUGGACAACUCUGCCUACAACCGACACACCCGACUGGACAACUCUGCCUACAACCGACACACCCGACUGGACAACUCUGCCUACAACCGACACACCCGACUGGACAACUCUGCCUACAACCGACACACCCGACUGGACAACUCUGCCUACAACCGACACACCCGACUGGACAACUCUGCCUACAACCGACACACCCGACUGGACAACUCUGCCUACAACCGACACACCCGACUGGCCAACUACGGAGGUGCUGGAAACGGUACCUGCUGCAUGGUGGAGAUGGUUCUAACUUAGCUAUCCAAGGUAGCGAACUAGGAGUAAGGUGCAUACGACUAGAGAUAUCGUUGUGAACGUUGAUACGAUGACUGUGAUUCGCGAAGAAGUAUUAUGGAGUAAACGUGUUUGUAUACACGGUGUUUUUAUUUGAACGUCGAUCAUCGUAUCAAUUGGUUGACAGAGGCAUUUGUACGCGAUUAUGAUAUUUCUCGCGACGAGGAUUUCUUUUUAUGCAUAUGUGUACGU